CAUCAUUACAAAGUCGAUGGGUCGAUGGCGAAGCUAUUUAAAAGCCAACGUGUCACAUGCUGAAGCGUCAGUGCAAUAUGGCAGAGCACACCGAGGACAAGCAGCAACAGCAGGAGGAUCACAAGGAGAAACAGGAGCAGGAUGAGGCAAUUGAUUGGUGGAUGGAAGUGUGCAAGGAAUCGGCCAUACAUGGAAUGCCGUAUCUCGCCCGCAAGGAUCUCCACUUUCUCGAGCGCAUCUUCUGGCUGGCCAUGAUCAUAGCCUCAACUUACUAUGCAGUCAACAGCUGCAUCGCCCAAUGGCAACGAUACAAGGAUAAUCCCAUCAUCUACGAAUAUGAGUAUAUGUUUGCCUUGCGCUCGUUUCCCUACGCAGGCGCCACAGUCUGUACGCACUAUUAUCAGCUGCCCUCCAGUAUAACCCAUAAAUUGGUCGUUGACAUUUGGGAGAGCGACUCGUCUGAGAUCAGUGAAACCGGGAUUGACGACGAAAGUAUGCAAUAUUACGUCAAAUUUUUGCAUGUCUUGCAUCGCCUGCAAUACGACAACUUGGAGACAUUGAUACCCUAUGAAAAUGAUACGACUCUGCAGAAUUUGCCCUAUGUCCGGGUUUUGAGGAAACUGUUGAAGAACACCUUACCCAAGCAGCAGGAGGUGCCCGAACUUGUGUCCAGCCUAACCGAAAUGGGCCUCUGCUUAACAACGAGCCAGCUGGCGAGCUUUGGCUUUACCCUUCAGAAACAUGUAGAGCAAGUAUAAUAUAAAUUAAUAAGAAGGCAUCUUCUUCAUUUAUACUAUCCGUUGAUUAGACAAAACCUCACAG